AUGGUUCAUGGCUCUCAAUGCAGAACUGCAACGGGACUCUGGGUUGAAAACGUCAAGUCGAACCACCCGCCUCAGUCUAAGCCUUUCAUACACGUCUUCAUGGCCAAUCGUUCUCAACGAUCAAAACAAUCCGCCCAGGUAAGGCCAGCCAACGAGAAGUCAUCCCGAAGCUUCAAGAGCUGUAGUGGAUCGCGCGGUAGCACAAGCAGCUUUGACGUCGGCAGACUCUCGGAUAGCGAGGGCCUAGAAGAAAAAGAGAGGCAAAUCAACGGCGACGCCUUGACUGAGCAUCGACUAGUACCGGUACAAUUGUGA